UCCCCUCCCCCAGUGGUGGCGGUCAGCUCCAGGAAGUAUUUCUUAAGAAAAUUACUCAAGAGACUCUUCCUCAAUUCUAUUUUAGUUAUAGAUUCUUUAUCUAUAGAAGCUACUCAUUAAUCUUAUGUACUGGGUGAGGGUGUGGUCCAGAGACGGAACUAAAAAUUCCUUGUCUUGCGAGAAUGUGUACCUUUUUGAAAAAAAAAAAAAAGUUAGUGGGAAUGACUCUAGGACAUCUCCAAUCAGGAAACAAACAGUGAGAGGUAGGCAGGCGCAACUGGUGUGCCAGGUUCUCUAACCUGCUGAGCUGGAACCCACUUGUUUUGUGGAAAAUGUCUAAAAUGAAGAACCCCCGGACUUUUGAGGAGCAAACAGAAUGCAUCAUGAAUGCUCUCCUCAUAGACUUUUUGACCCCAACAUUACAGGUUGCUAACUGGAACCUACCGGAGGCAGAUGAACCAUAUUCAGGAGAGGCUUGCUCUUUUGAUGUGUCUAUUAUUGCUGGCCGCCUUCGAAUGCUGGGUGACGAGUUCAAUGGAGAAUUGGAAGCUUCUGCCAAUAAUGUCAUUGCAAAAACCAUUCAAGGACAGGCAGGAACUAUACUCAAGGACACAGUACAGUCUCUCAGUGUGACCUGGUGUGCUCAAAACCCCACCCUCACUUUUGAAAGAGCCUUUCUGGCAGUGUCUGUGAAACUUCUUGAAUAUGUGGUCCAUAAGGCUCCUGAGAUGGGAAGACAGGUGGCUAACUCCAUGACGGGCAUGAUCAAUGAGAACACAGCCAUCCGAGAAUUUAUCCAGGGCCAGGGAGGAUGGGAAAACCUGGAGAGCUGAAGAAGUGGGGUUUGCCCCCAGACUGAACAUCACUUCUCCGAUGUCUGACAAUUAAAACACGCUUUCUUCAACAUGUCCAGUGUUACGUUUUUUACUGAUUGUUGACUUUGGGAGCGGCCCUAGCCAGCUCCAAUGAUAUUAUACUUUCUGUUCUUACUUGGGAGCGGCCCUAGCCGGCUCCAGUGAUAUUACACUUUCUGUUCUUACUUGGGAGCGGCCCUAGCCGGCUCCAGUAAUAUUACACUUUCUGUUCUUACUUGGGUUUCAGUAAGAGUUUGUUGAAACAGAGACCUCCUGACAAAGUAAUUUCUUAGUAGUGACAUUUCAAGCACCGAGGCAGACCUUUGCUGGAGAUAUUUUGAAGGAGACAGCACAUCAUAAAUGUUUUCUUCAGAUUUAACCCUGUCUUUUGUUGAGAAUUUUGUCUGCUAGUGAUUUUGGAAUCUAAAGGAUGUCAGUUUUUAGUUAAAAAUCUUAUUUCUUCAAGUAAAGGAUUUUCUUUCAGAUCCACCCUAAGUUUCAUGUUUAUUUUACCUGAGCAGAAUUUAUUCAUCCAUUCUAGAGAUUUGAGGGCAUAAUUAGCGGUUUAUUCAUCUAAAUUCCUACUGAAAAUAUCAAAGAAAGAUGAAACAGCUAUUGUGUUUUUAUUGUCAGGAUGUAGGAAGUGCUGGCCCAUGUGCAGGACCGCUGGUCCGCCCCAGCUUGGCUGAUACUAAUUACAUACUGUAACAGGGCCCCAGACCUCAGAAGUCCCCCAAACCAUAGCACAGCUGACUCCAUGAUGCAAGUACCAUUCAGGCUAUAAAAUUGCAUCUUAAAAUGUAUGGCCAAUUAUGUAUCAGUUUAGUAAAAUUAAUAAUGUU